CUGCUGUCAACUAAGACCUGGAAACUGAAGCUGCAGUUUGCCUAUGUAAUACUACGCAUGAGUAUCAAUUUCUGCUGAAACCUGCAGAUGGGAGCGUGAGAAUUUGACCUAAAUAACAUGAAAGCAUGGGUCCAUCCUGUCUUGUUUCAGUGGCUCAGGCUGCUGCUGGUGGUGUAAUGGUGUGUAUUUUGUUGUCACACUUUGGGCUCCUUAAACACCACAGCCCACCUAAGAAUUGUUGACCGUGUCCAUCCCUUUAUGACCGCGGUGUCUCCAUCUUCUGAUGGCUGCUUCCAGCAGGAUAACGCACCAUGUCACAAAGCUCAGAACUCACUGUCAUGGUUUUUUGACCUUGACAGUAAAUUCACUGUACUAUGAUGGCCUUCCAGGAUUAGUAUUUCUUCCCCCGUUGAUAUUUCUUGAUAUUUUUAUCCUAAUGAACGCUCCAAGCAUAGAAGAUAUGCCUUUUUUUUAGAUUAGUGAUUGUGGGCUGUAUAGUAAAUGUUCAAAUAGUAGAAGUCAAGUUUCUGAGUAUUGUGCACAUAUCUCUUACUAAUGGCCUCGAAACACUUUUGUUCCUUUACAACAAAUCUGCUUUACCACUAGACUAAUUACUUUGGUCCAGUGGUUCAAAGCAUAGAGCGACGGCUCCUGUAAGGGGGUCACAAGUUUAAAUGUGACAGAUUAGAAAAUGAUUAAUGGGACAGAGAAGAAGUAGUUCUGUUCUCUUGUAAUUUUAUAGACUUUUCCCCGAGCCUUGUGUGUUUAAUUUAAAAUCUUAAAUCUUUUUAGCUAAAUCCAUCCAGCCAUCCAUUCAUCCAUUUAGCCGGUCUAUGGCAGUGCUUUAAAAUAAACAGUCCAAUAAAAUGCAUGUAUACAAAUCUACUUAAAUACAGCACUUAAUAAGUAAGUAUAGAGUUAAAUGUUUUGGUCUUUUUGCUGAACACCUUUAGUCUGCUCAACAGGAGCUUUUCUCGGUAGUGGCUUCCCUCUGGUCCAAACACAGGGCACUUUCCUCCCUCUGUGGCAUUCUUGGCUGCUGGAGCAGAGAGAGAGGGUAACCUCAAAUUAUUGCUGAAACCCCAUAAAGUGUGAGCCCAGACGGAAUCUGUGCAAGCACCAAAUCUGGACUCACUCUGAAGACAUGGGAGUCACCCAUGGGAAGAAGAGAGAUCUUCAGCAUUUUCCAGGUAGAGAUGAGACACAGUUUCAUAUGUAUGCCUCCAUGAUGCAGACUCAUCAAACCGAACUUGAAGGCCGAUUUUCAGAGCUUCAGGCUUUUCCAUCCCAACUGCAGAGUGAGGAGGAGAGCAGUAAUCUAAUCAGACCCCUAAAAGCUACUAGUGCGAUAACUGCCCUGGAGAGCCACCGGGAGCUGCAUAAGGAACUGCGGAUGACCCACAAGAGGAAGAGAGUGUCUCAAGAAGGAAAGACUGAACUCCAGCGAGUUCUGGAAAAAAGGAAAUGGGAACAAAGAUUGAAAGCGAGCAGGGAUCAAGAGGAGGCAAAGAAGAAGACAUCAGAGCUACAUCAAGAGCUGCUGAAAAGACAACAGAGGCUUGAAAAUCUGGAAAAAGAUCAGAAAGUUAAACAAGAAGAACCAGAGUUCAUCCAAGUCAAAGAGAGACUGAGGAAGACUGCAGUGCCCUGUGCAAGGGCAAAAGAAGUGUGACCGUUUUAUAACUACGUGUGUGUUUUGUAUUCACAGUCAGUGCAAUAGACUGUUGGGAAUAACUGACCUGGUGAAGGAUUCUUCUGCUAUAAAUAGAAUAGAUAGAUAAUACAGCUCAAUGCUCAUGAUCGAGGCGACACCUUCUGGUCAAGUGGAGACACGUCAUCACUUUGAAUAGUGUCUUUUGUUUUUCUCCUCAAUACUUUGGUUAAAUGUGACUUAGAGCAAAAUGUUCAGUAGAAUAAGAAAACUAUAAAAAUUUGAUUGUAUACAGACAUUGUUGAUUCUUUUUUCUCCAACAGCACAA